GUUCACACCGCGCGCUUAUCGCACGUGCUAGAACAUUUCAAAUUCAAACAGGCGCCAGCAGAGGGAGUUCGCGACGCUCAACGGUCGGUCACCUGCAGGUAACUACCAAAAUGGCAACAGAAAAUUGUUUAAGCAGUUCUCAGAUCAACAAGGUUGACAACGAAAAACUGGUAAGACCAAAAGUGCCGCUGAAAAGCCUGUUAGAGGAUGCAGGUGCAGAUAAAGAUGUUUUCACCAUGAAGGAGGUUAUGUUUUAUUUGGGGAAGUAUAUCAUGAGCAAGGAGUUAUAUGACAAGCAGCAGCAACACAUUGUUCACUGUGGAGAGGAUGCUCUUGGUGCUGUUCUCGGGGUGAAAAGUUUCUCAGUCAAAGAGCCCCGAGCUCUCUUUGCAAUGAUCAACAGAAACCUUGUUACAGUGAAAAAUCCAGAUACUCAUUCUACCUUCUCGGAACCCAGAAGUCAAAGAGAACCAGAUCGAGGGCCCGGGGACACUGAUUCAGAAUCUCGCUCAUCUACCUCACAACAGCAGCGCAGGAGGAGGAGAAGCAGUGAUCCUGAGAGUACUUCAGCUGAAGACGAGCCCAGAGAACGCAGAAAGAGACACAAGUCAGACAGCUUCUCCCUGACAUUUGAUGACAGCCUGUCUUGGUGUGUGAUUGGCGGCCUACGCCGGGAGAGGGGGAACGGUGAGUCUUCGGACGCACAAAGCAACUCUGAUGUAGGUAUCUCUCACAGUGAGGGCAGUGAUGAAAGUGUGGACUCGGACUCUGACUCUGAUAACUUUAGUGUGGAGUUUGAGGUGGAGUCCAUAGACUCUGACGCCUACAGUGAGAACGAUGAGGAUUCAUUGCCAGGAGAGAACGAGGUGUAUGAAGUCACAAUCUUUGCUGAGGAUGAAGAUUCGUUUGAUGAGGAUACCGAGAUAACUGAGGCAGACUACUGGAAGUGUGCCGAAUGUAACAAGCUCAACCCUCCUCUUCCUCGGCAUUGCAAAAGCUGCUGGAACGUCCGACCCGGUUGGCUUCCAGAAACACAAUCCAACAGGGAAAACACCUCCACUAACACUCAACCCAGCACAGAAGACGCCAGCAUCACCACAACUCCCAGCUCAGCCUCAGAUGACAAACUGCUUCCUUCCAAACCCUCAAGCCCUCUUCCAGAAACAGAUGAAGGAGUGGACGUACCCGAUGGCAAGUGCUUGCAAUCUCCCAUCGGCGCUAAAGACGAACUUCUCUCCGGCUCUAUGACUGACUCUCAGACCUCGUCAUUGCAGCCCUCAACCUCUUCUGGUGGGGGCAGCAGCCAGGAAGAGACCCCCGAGCUAGAGCGCUACAACAGCCUAGAGGCCUACCUGCCCGCCACUUGCCUUGAGCCCUGCGUCAUCUGUCAAAGUCGCCCCAAGAACGGCUGCAUCAUCCACGGAAGAACUGGACACCUUAUGGCUUGCUACACUUGCGCCAAGAAAUUAAAGAACCGGAACAAGUUGUGUCCGGUGUGCCGAGAGCCCAUUCAGUCAGUCGUGUUGACCUACGUGAGCUGAGGCACAGCAGAUAUACCUCCUCUCCUCUCACAUGAAGUUCGGGAUACUUAUGUUGCCUUGUCUUAUAGUUCUAAAACUUUUGAGUUCAAAUUCAAUAUUUGUAAUAUGUUUCUUAUUGAUUAAUACAUUUUAUUUAUGACUCAAGCGAGGUUUUCGCUCACAUGCUGGGUAGCAAAUUCACAGAUCUGUGUUUUAAGGGUUGAGUUUAAGGGCUUGGAAUUAAAACUACUUAAGGACUUGCAGAGAUUCUGUAUGCAUUAUAUCAAUUACUAGAAAUGUUUGUAAUAAUUUAAUUUAUGUACAUGCAGAUGUAUAGGUUUCAUGUUAAUCUGAGUUAUUUGCCGCACUGAAACAUGUUCCUGAGUUGUAGCUCUUGAGACACUCCUUUAAUUUUGUUCCUCCUCUGGAAGGAAAUGCUCUUGUGCACAGCUUUCUGCUGCAAUGACUCUCUUAUUUUCUCUGAGUGAGGCAUAAUAAAUGAUUUUGAGGCUCUUCUGCUUUUACAAUACAAGUGAAAUUCUGGCUUUCUGCCGCUUGUUUUGAAUGUGUUUCUUGGUUUUGUUAUUGUUGUCUAAUGGUUUUUCUAGCUGAUUGGCUGUAAGAAGGUGGCUGGUGUCAGUUUCAUGUGCUGUUGUUUGUCGACAAGUACUCAGCGGUCACCCUGAGAAAGAUCUAGUUACUAGGGACCCACUUUUCACUUAAUAUCAAGAAACAUGUUCUGACUUGUUUCUCUCUAAUGGCAACCUGGCACAAACAUCAGCCUCUGUGAUUUUUUUUUAUGUAUUUAUCAUUAAAAAAAAGAAAGAAGCUUAUAAUCCCGCACUUUUCACACCCAAGCACUUCUACAAUGGAAAAAUUAUGUAUAGUUGGUAAAAAGGAGCAGCGUGGUGAAUCAUUUAUAACUUAUGGUAGUCGUGAAUGUUGUGCAAUAUUCCUUUCAACACCUAUUUAAUCAUCUAUUUAAUUUGCUUUUGAAAGAAUUCUGCAUUUUGAAAAUGCAUAACACACUUAUGUUAAUUAGUUCA